GACAAGUCGUUACAUCUUUUUAGAAAUGCGUACUUCCGUUUUCGAACGAAUUGUGGGUAAAUAAACGUCGGCCAUAUGCAAGGAUGGCUGCAACAACAAGAGAAGAGAUUGAAGAGCAGGUGAGAAGUAUCCAGGCCAAGAAAGCACAACUAACUGUAGCCCCAACUAAUGAAGAUGAUUGUGAAAGAGUUGGACUUGGGGCAGAAGGACAUUAUGAUGUGGAUAUCUAUGAUUCUAACAAAUUUUCUGGAUACGUCACAUCGAUUGCUGCCACAGAUGAACCAGAUGACUAUGAAGAUGUAGGAGCUGCAUUUCCUAAGCGGUCAAGUUACACUGCACCGUUGAACUUACUUCACGAAACAGCAAAUGACAAGGAUUAUGAUCCGCUGGCAGAUCAUCGGGUGUCAAAGAUUGCCGACCGUGAAACUGAAUACCAAGCCCGACGACGUCAGAUGAUUAUUUCGCCAGAGAGAUAUGAUCCAUUUGCUGACGGAGGCAAGACACCUGAUCCAAAGUUACAAGCAAGAACCUUCUCAGAUGUUAUGACAGAAUUGCAGCUCGGCAAAGAACAGGCCGGGCUGCGUCAGCAGAUGCAUGAGAAGGCUAAGGCAGGAGAACUACGGGCUGUCAAUGGAGCGGGAGGCGAUGCUGGCCACAAACAACCCACAAAGAGGAAACGUUGGGACCAGUCCUCCGCCCAGGAAGAUGCUCCCAGCAAGAAGAAAACCUCAUCCUGGGAUGCUGCAGAAGCUGUUACCCCAUCUAACAGCCGAUGGGAUGAAACUCCUGGCAGAGCCAAAGGGGAACAAACCCCCGGUGCCACUCCAGGCCAAAGCACCAGACAGUGGGAUUCGACCCCAGGUCACGCCACCCCCGGUGCGACCACACCAGGCAGAGACACCCCUGGCCACCAAGCCACGCCAAGUGCAAGAAGAAACAGAUGGGAUGAGACACCUAAAACUGAGAGAGAUACCCCUGGUCAUGGCAGCGGUUGGGCAGAAACCCCUCGAACAGACAGAGGCGGUGACUUGAUCGAGACCACACCAACGCCAGGAGCAAGCAAACGCCGUUCAAGAUGGGACGAGACACCUGGAGCCACGCCUGGUGGUAUGACCCCUAACAUGACCCCAGGAGGAAUGACCCCAACCAUGACCCCUGGGGGUCACACCCCCACCAUGACACCAGGAGGAAUGACUCCUGGACAAACGCCCGGCGGUCACACACCAGGUGGCUUCACUCCAAGUGGUGCCACACCCACUGGUCAGAAAGCCAUGGCCAUGGCCACUCCAACUCCUGGUCAUCUUAUGUCCAUGACUCCAGAACAGUUGCAGGCAUACACAUGGCAGCGGGAAAUUGAUGAAAGAAAUCGGCCGCUGUCAGAUGACGAACUGGACUCCAUGUUCCCACCAGGCUACAAGGUAGGUGCUGAAUCCCCGGCAGGUUACAUACCAAUCAGAAACACGGCCAGGAAGCUGAUUGCCACACCCACCCCCGAUGGCUGGCACCCCUGGCUUCCGGAUGCAGACCCGGACACUAAGACACAGAUUGUAGACAUGCAGCCCAAAGGCAAUCUGCCUAUGAUGAAGCCAGGCGACAUGCAGUACGACAAGCUAUUGGUGGAUGUAGAUGAAGAGUCGCUGACGCCGGAAGAACAGAAGGAAAGAAAGAUCAUGAAGCUGCUCCUCAAAAUAAAGAAUGGCACGCCUCCAAUGAGAAAGGCUGCUCUGCGUCAGAUCACAGACAAGGCCCGUGAGUUUGGUGCCGGUCCUCUGUUCAAUCAAAUCCUACCACUGUUGAUGUCUCCGACCUUGGAAGACCAGGAACGUCAUUUGCUGGUGAAGGUCAUUGACCGAAUCCUGUACAAACUGGACGAUCUGGUCCGACCCUACGUACACAAGAUCCUUGUGGUCAUUGAGCCUCUUCUUAUUGAUGAGGACUACUACGCUCGUGUUGAAGGGAGAGAAAUUAUCUCAAAUUUGGCUAAGGCUGCUGGUCUGGCCACCAUGAUCUCCACGAUGAGACCUGACAUCGACAACAUGGACGAGUAUGUCCGUAAUACCACUGCUCGAGCCUUUGCUGUUGUGGCGUCUGCUCUCGGCAUCCCGUCUCUGCUGCCUUUCCUGAAGGCUGUGUGCAAGAGUAAGAAGUCCUGGCAAGCCAGACAUACUGGUAUCAAGAUUGUACAGCAGAUAGCCAUCCUCAUGGGCUGUGCCAUACUUCCCCAUCUCAAGAACUUGGUGGAGAUUAUCGAACAUGGCUUGGUCGAUGAGCAGCAGAAGGUGCGAACCAUCACUGCCCUGGCUUUGGCUGCUUUGGCUGAAGCUGCCACACCAUAUGGGAUUGAAUCUUUUGACAGUGUCCUCAAACCUCUCUGGAAGGGUAUUCGUCAACACAGAGGAAAGGGUCUAGCAGCCUUCCUGAAGGCUAUUGGCUACCUGAUCCCCCUCAUGGACGCUGAGUACGCCAACUACUACACCAGGGAAGUGAUGUUGAUCCUCAUCCGAGAGUUCCAGUCUCCUGAUGAAGAAAUGAAAAAGAUUGUACUUAAGGUUGUGAAACAGUGCUGUGCGACCGAUGGUGUUGAACCCCAGUACAUCAAAGAUGAGAUUCUACCUGCUUUCUUCAAACACUUCUGGAAUCAGAGAAUGGCUCUUGAUAGGAGGAACUACAGACAGCUGGUGGACACAACCGUUGAGAUUGCCAACAAGGUUGGGGCAGCAGAGAUUGUUGGCCGAGUCGUUGAUGAUCUGAAGGACGAGGCUGAGCAGUACCGUAAGAUGGUCAUGGAGACCAUCGAGAAGAUCAUGUCGAAUCUCGGAGCUGCCGACAUAGAUUCACGGCUGGAAGAACAGCUGAUUGACGGUAUCCUGUACUCCUUCCAGGAACAGACCACUGAGGACGUGGUUAUGUUGAAUGGUUUUGGCACAGUGGUCAAUGCACUCGGCAAGCGGGUGAAGCCCUAUCUGCCCCAGAUCUGUGGUACUAUUCUCUGGCGUCUCAACAAUAAGUCAGCGAAAGUUCGACAGCAGGCAGCUGAUCUCAUCUCCCGGAUAGCCAUUGUUAUGAAGACUUGUCAGGAGGAGAAACUGAUGGGGCAUUUGGGUGUGGUGUUGUACGAAUACUUGGGAGAAGAAUACCCUGAGGUUCUAGGCUCAAUCCUGGGAGCUCUCAAGGGCAUUGUCAAUGUCAUCGGUAUGACCAAGAUGACGCCUCCGAUCAAGGAUCUCUUGCCUAGGCUCACGCCAAUCCUCAAGAACAGACAUGAGAAGGUACAGGAGAACUGUAUUGAUCUGGUUGGACGUAUUGCUGACCGUGGAGCAGAGUUUGUCUCGGCUAGGGAAUGGAUGAGAAUCUGCUUUGAGCUGUUGGAGUUACUCAAGGCUCACAAGAAGGCCAUCAGGAGAGCCACUGUGAACACCUUCGGCUACAUUGCCAAGGCUAUUGGCCCACAUGAUGUGUUGGCGACCCUCCUGAACAACUUGAAGGUGCAGGAGAGACAAAACAGAGUCUGUACGACAGUUGCCAUCGCCAUUGUUGCCGAGACAUGUUCCCCCUUCACUGUGCUGCCGGCCCUGAUGAAUGAAUACCGUGUGCCCGAGUUGAACGUCCAGAACGGUGUACUCAAGUCUCUGUCCUUCAUGUUUGAAUACAUUGGAGAAAUGGGGAAGGACUACAUCUAUGCUGUAUCACCUCUGUUUGAAGAUGCUCUCAUGGACAGAGAUUUGGUACACAGGCAGACAUCCAUGGCAGCAAUCCAGCACAUGGCUCUUGGUGUUUACGGCUUUGGAUGCGAGGAUGCACUCACACAUCUCCUCAACUAUGUCUGGCCCAAUAUCUUUGAAACCUCCCCUCAUGUCGUGCAGGCUUUCAUGGGGGCAGUGGAAGGGCUCAGGGUGGCCAUUGGGCCGUCCAAAAUACUUCAAUAUGCCAUGCAGGGCCUGUUCCAUCCUGCUCGGAAGGUUCGGGACGUCUACUGGAAGGUGUACAACACAGUGUAUAUCGGGGCACAAGAUGGAAUGAUUCCGGCCUAUCCCAGAAUCCCCAACGAUGCCAAGAACCAGUACAUCCGAUACGAACUGGACUACAUCUUAUAGAGUACACUAACUCUGGACAGUCAGUGUUGUGUGAAAGUGCUGGACUCUAGAGAGCUCACAGUGACUGAUUUUUGUAUCAAAGUCAUUAAAAAUAAUUUUGGUACUCUUGCAUGACUUGGAUGAGUUCACUGUUUAGGGAUCUUGUUAGAUGGAUUAAGCUAUUUGUUAAAAAGUUAACUUAUUUCUUGAAUUGGGAGUGAUAUGUGGCUAUCUUAUUGUUAAACACAACCCAAUGAAAAGAAUUGUGAUUCAAUAUCUGAUAGUCAUUUUCAGUGAACAUUUUGGUUCUCUUCCAACAAUGGAUUUUGAAAGCAUUAUUCAUAUGAAGCAAUUAAUUUAUAUACCUCUGAGGAUGUCUGUGAGAAAAUGAAAAGCAAGGUGGGUAUUUAAGUAAGACCCACUUGUUAAUAACUGACACUCACGAUUCACACUUUGCUAUUGAGACAUAAAGGGAAGUUACUCUCAUAUACUUUACUAUUAAGACAGAGGGAAGUUACUCACACAUUUCAUUGUUGAGACAUAAAGGGAAAUAACUCUCACACACUUUACUAUUGAGACAGGGAAGUUACUCUCACACACUUUACUAUUGAGACAUAAUGGGAAAUCGCUGUCACACACUUUACUACUGAGACAGAGGGAAGUUACUGUCACACAUUUCACUGUUGAGACAUGCAUAUGGCUCACAGUGUCAGUAUUGUUUUUGUUUAACUCAUGUAUGCGAUUCCUUCUUCUCUGCUAUAUUUUGGCAGUGGAUGUACACAUGACCCUUAAACACUGGUAGGCUCCAAAUGACACACAUUUCUGUAAGUGAGAAUGUGUGCUGGAAUUUGAUUGGUUCUUAAUUAGAUUCAAGUACUGCAAAUCAUCCCGACUAUUCCUGCUUAGAUACUGUUAAGCCAGGUGUGGAAACACUACAGCAACAAUUGUAUAGUGAGUCUGACCAUACCUUCAGGAAGACUCUGGUUUCUUACGUUUUUUUGCUUUCUGGAAACAAAGCAAACUCAGUCAUCUUGGAAACAUCAUAUUCCCUUUGUGACAUCACAGUAUUCCAGUCUGAUGUCAAUUGUCAUAUCUAUUUGUGUAUGGAUAGAAAGAGUGCAAUGGAAACUUAACGAUAUCUAUAUGAAUUUACAAUGUUGAUACUGGUUUUGAGAUGUUCAGGUUUUAAGAAUUUAAAUCUUUGAAAUUUCAUUUGUAACAUAUGUAUAUCUCCUUAAGACAUUGUAAAAUGGUUAGGAAAACACUUGGUAGUGUAUGGUUAUGUUAUUGCAUUCAUAGGGAUUUAGGUGUUGGUCUUUGUGAAGAUACUUCACAGAUAUUUGUCAUCUGCUAUAAAUGCCCUCUUAUAGAACUGAUGCAUGUUGUACAUUCAUAGAUCUUGUGGAUUCUUGAACACCCAUAGUGGUUAGUAUCACACUCAAAAGGAUACCUUUCAUCUCCAUGUUUCUAGGCUGAUAUUUCCAAUCAUUGUUAACACACUUCAUUUGUUCACUGUAAGAUACUAAGUCAUGUAUGUUCAUCAUGUGACAAUUUCAUUUCAUCCUUAAAAGUGAAUAACAAUCUCAAUUGUGGCGUGUCAAUUGUGUUGACGUUUCACCUGAGCUCUCUGCGUGUCAAUCUUUGGUCAUGUUUUGUCUGUAAAAUUUCAUGUAAAUAGAAAUAAAUCUGUACAAAUCUUU